AUGAUUCCUCAAACUUGGAAUGAAUUUCUUGAUUUUAUUAGUGAUGGUUUACAUAAUGAACUUGACAAACCUCUAAUUAGCUAAUUUUUAAAGAUACCAGAUUAAAGCAUGACAUCUUUUUAAAUUAUAUAAUAUUUCAGCUCAGAUUUUCAAAAGUAUAAAACUAUUUUAGCAAUUUAGAGCAAAAGCUAAGAGAAAACAUAAAUGGGGAAACAAAGAAAAGUAUUUCUUGAUAUGGUGUAUCUCAAAAUUGAUGGAAAAGCUUCAAAUCAAAUUUCAUGAACUUGUAAGUCUUUUUUACUUAUAAACAUUGUAUAGUAUUAAAGGAAAGUCUUUAAGAUACUCUCUAGUAUUUUAGGUAUCUCAGAAGAAUUCUUACUAAUUAAAUGGUUGAGCCUUCUGAAUUAUAAACUUAAAGAACAGCCUUGGAAAUAAGAAGAAGAUGAUUUACUAAUUAACCUUAGAUAGUAUUAAUUUUUAUUUGAGUAGAUAAUACUCAGGACCAAAGGACUGGAUAAAAAUUGCAGUGGAAUUUAUAAUAAGAAGUUAAACAGUAAGGUAUCCAAAAUAAAUCCGAGAGCGAUUUAAUAAUGUUAUCAAUCCAAGCAUAAAUAAGUAACCAUUAUAUCAAUAUAGAAACGAAUUCAACUAAGAUGAAAUACUUAUCAUAAUUAGAGAAGCUCAGAAAAACAAUAAAAAUUGGGCUGGAAUUUCUAAAAUAUUACCUGGUCGAACAGAUAAUUAGAUUAAAAAUAUCUACAACUCUAUUGUGAGAAAAAUUUAAAAUGAAAUAGGAUUUGUAAGUAUUUAAUAUAAUAAGAAGAAUUCUGAUAAUAAGGUAGACGAAUAAGAAAUUCUUAAUCUAAUUAUCCAAUAUAAUAAUUUUGAUCCAAUACUCAUAUCAUCUAUUAUAGAAGAAACAAAAAGAAAGAAACUUUGUGUCAAAACUGAAUCAAGUUCUGAUAAUUCUUAGACUUCUGAAAUGAGUGUUAAAAAUGUUCCUAUCUAAAUGGCCUACCCUUAUAUUAAUAAUUAACCAUUCAAUUUUCAAAAUAUCUAUUUUUCCUACACUUAAUUCUAUCUAUUACCAUAUUAUUAGCCAUUAAGAAAUUCAAUGUAUAAAUAAACCUGA